AUGCCUCCUCCUCGAGUCACAUCUUUCCUUUCCGGUGCCGACUGGGCUGCGAAGGGGCCACAAAUUCCAGCCCAGCGGUUCUACGGUGCAUAUGCAUCUGCCAUCAAAGAAUCCGACCUAUCCGCUCAUGGAAAACACCAAUUUUAUGCUGAAAAUGCGAUCUUUCAUAACCAAAACGGUGUCGACUACCAUGGCGCGGAGAUAUGGCCAUGGAUUGUGAAGUUAUUCGGUGAAUUUGCUCGCCUGGAACACGAUUUUCAUGCAGUCUGGGAACUCGAAAACGAAAACGACACCGUUCAUCUCAUUGCUCGGGUUACUCGACACAUCUGGGCUCCCGGUUCCGAUAUUGCUGGCUCGCCAACUGUUAGCCUUCCCCUGUCUAUGACCUGCGAAAUAGGGCCCAGCACUGGCCCUGAAGAGACUCCUGAGGGUCUACAGUACCGGCAUGUUUGGAUGUAUUGGGAUACCUACCCGCUUCAGCCUCAUUUUCCCAAGAAUGCAGUUGUAUUCAGCCCAAUCAAUACAGAGAGAGAAUCAGGAGUUGGCAAAUAA